AUGUAUAAUGCUUUGACAAUAACAGAAAUUGCAUCACAAAGCGAUUUCAAACGAUGGUCAGCAAAACAAGUAAAAGAAUGGGCUACAAAAGAAGUUCAAGUAAGAGAAGAAUAUGCCCAGAUGCUUCUUGAUAAUGAUGUGGAUGGAGAAAGUAUCGCAGUGUUUACAGAGGCUGAUUUUGGUAAAUGUGGCAUAGUCGUAGCACCUGCAAAGAAGCUCUAUCUGGCUGUUCAACAACUUUUAAUUCAACAAUCGCUAUCACAUCAGAUCAGCAGUGCAAGAGAGAAGAGAGCAUAUGAUCCACCAAUCAAAGAAAGUUUGCAAAAGUACAAGAAAUCAAAAGCAUUUAAUGAGAUGUAUCCACAAGAUCCUCUCUGUUCUUCUUCAUUGAGAACUCGUUUCAAGUUUGUUGAUGGAUUAAUUCAUAUCAUGGACAGAAAGAUCACAUCCGACUUACUGGAAGAUAUCAAAAAAUCCCUUGGAAAGGUAAAAGGCUUUUAUGUUCAAGGCCCACAAGGUGUCGGCAAGUCUCACUCACUCUAUCAAGUGAUUGCAAAGGAUGGGGAGAUUCUUUUGACAGAAACAUUUUUUUUUUUGGAUAUUGCACUCGUAGCAUUCGAGGUAGCUGGGGACAACUUUGUUCAAGAUUGGACAAGUAAACUCCUUCUUGAUGUAUCGCCACAAGGCAAUCUCAUCCUCCUUGAUCAAUUUCUCCACGAUAUGGCUGCACACUGUCGCACAAACAAUCUCUCGAUCUACAUGGUUUUUGACCAACACCACUCACUCACUGACGAACAAAGACUAACUUUUCCACUUUGUAUCAUCGAGGGGUCGCUUGUGACCAGUUCUUUGUGGAGCAGACUCUUGGUAGUCAUAUCUGGAUCUGCAAACAACAGGUACGCUCUCAAGGUUGCAACCGAUGGACAAUGGCCUAUUUUCCCAUUCAACAAUGGGUUCACAGAUGACGAGUACAACAAAUGGGCGAUAACCAAAAAGAUUAUAAACGAUCAAGACACCUUUGAUAAGGUCAAAUCAGUUACAUCUUUUAUUCCGGUCGAGGUACAACAGUUAUUAGAUUUGGAUACCACAAAAGACUUUUCACAAGUGGAUAACUCAAUCUUUUCGUAUACACAGAAAAAACGAAACCAGAUCACUCUCCAAGACAUCGCAUUUCAAAAUGAUUACCUUGGUGACCAACGUAUGCAGGAGAGAUUCAUUCGCUCCAUUUUAUUUAUGGAGCUCAAUCUACCCAUCCAAAUGGAAUCAAUCUUUAUCAACCACCAACUCAUGGUAUUGCGUGAUGGGUAUGUUUGUCCGCUUAUCCCGAUGGUCGUCCCUAUUUUGAAGAGCGCAUACUCGAAAACCGUACCCUACGACAUCAACUUGGCUCUAAUAUAUCAAUCCGUCUUUCGUGGCACCAUCGAUCUCACAUCUGACGCUCGUGGUCGCAUCGUAGAGCACUAUCUGAUUGAUAAGCUGUCAUCGGUGCGAAAGUUUUCAGUGCUCGCCAAAAAGAUCAACAUCGUCACCAAAAAAAGAGGCAAGCAAUUUUAUGAUAAUUUCGUACUCAGUGAUCAAAAGAUCACAGUUAAAGAUUAUCACACCAAAGAGUUCUGUGGUAACAAUAAGCAUCUAUUAUUGAUUGCAUCCCUGGUAAUUGUUGGAAUGAGCCAGCGAUAUUUCGAAAAGCAAUUAAUGAUGGGAAAUACGUUACAUCCAUUUUUAAUAUUUUGGAUAGAAAUUAUAAAGGUUACAGAUGGUGCAUUGAUAAAUAAUGAUUUGAUUGGUGCAAUAUUAAUUGUUUCCAUAAAAUUGGAUGGAUUUAGUUUUAUUUAUUUAAUCAUAUAUUCUCGAUAA